UUGUCCUCCGCUCUGCCGAUGCGGGUUCCUCGUCUCGUCUGUUAAUUAUUUUUUUUACCAGACAGGAUUCAGUUCACCAACUGGAUCCAUGGAUGAAAUCAUGAAACUUCGAACACACCUGCUGUACCGCCGGCAAAUUGACUAGCCGCGAGUCCGAGACAACCUGGCUGCUCGUACCAAGUGACGAUCUUGAAGCUUCCUCGGGCCGUCCGCCUCCUAGGCAGCCAGCGCCCACCAGCAGCGAUGGCUCUUGUCCAGGAAGAUGCGGCGCCUGCAGCCGCCGCCACCGCCACCGCCGCUGCUUCCAAUCCCGACGCUGGCUCUAGUGAUAAUGAGAUAUCAAUGGAAGAAGCUUCUUUUGUGCAUACUGAACCUCCCGAGGAUGGCACUGCCCCACCUGUGGUUACCUCUGAUAUGGAAGUUCUCCAUGAUAGAGUUAAGAAACAAGUCAUCAAAGAAGGCCAUGGCAAAAAACCCUUAAAGUUUGCGACAUGCUUUGUGCACUAUAGAGCAUGGGUUCAAGGAUCAUUGCAUAAAUUCGAGGAUACUUGGCAAGAACAGCAUCCGAUUGAACUAGUACUUGGAAAAGAGAAGAAGGAAAUGGCUGGUUUAGGCAUUGGUGUUGGUAACAUGAGGAGCGGGGAGAGGGCACUGUUGCAUGUGGGUUGGGAACUAGGCUAUGGCAAAGAAGGAAGUUUUUCAUUCCCAAAUGUCCCUCCCAUGGCAGACCUUGUUUAUGAAGUUGUGCUUAUUGGAUUUGAUGAUGUCAAAGAGGGGAAAACCCGAAGUGACAUGACAGUCGAGGAGAGGAUUGCAGCUGCAGACAGAAGAAAGAUUGAAGGUAAUGAAUACUUCAAAGAAAAGAAGCUUGAGGAGGCCAUGCAACAGUAUGAAAUGGCAAUUGCGUACAUGGGAGAUGAUUUCAUGUUUCAAUUGUUUGGGAAAUACAGAGACAUGGCCUUGGCUGUGAAAAAUCCCUGCCAUCUCAACAUGGCUGCAUGCCUGAUCAAACUAAAGAGAUUCGAUGAAGCUAUCGUGCAGUGUAGCAUCGUGUUGUCAGAGGACGAAAAUAACGUGAAAGCAUUGUUCAGACGAGGAAAAGCUAAAUCCGAACUUGGCCAGACAGAAUCAGCAAGGGAGGACUUUCUGAAAGCCAAAAGGUACUCCCCAGAAGACAAGGAGAUCCUUCGGGAGCUUCGGUUGCUCGCUGAACAAGAUAAAGCUCUGUACCAAAAGCAGAAGGAGCUAUACAAAGGUCUCUUCGGGCCCAGGCCUGAAGCGAAACCGAAGAAGGCAAACCGCCUUGUUGUUUUCUGGCAGUGGCUGGUGUCAUUGAUUCGCUAUCUCGUUAGGCUGUUCAAUCGUAAGAAUGAGUAGGAUAGUUUACCUGAAAAAUGUGUAGAAUGGUGCUUGAGUUUCUGUUGACAAGAUGACCACCUUGCCCUUGUGAUGAACUGUCCAUCAUUUGAUCUUGUAAUUGGUGCUGUCGGGGUUGCACUUUUGUGAACCUUGCAGGCAUAAUUCGUACCAACAGAACCUCCCCAGUAACUCCCAACUGAAGUUUUGUGAAUGUUAGUAUGCCUACAGUUUUCACACAUAACAGUAUCUAUCGCUGACGAGCGAGAGUUUCUUGUAA